UUGUUGUUGGUAGUGGUGGUGCCGGGCAGCGGCAGAUGGCGGCCGCUCUCCUGGAGCAGGGGGAAGACGCCUUCAGGAGGCUCUUCAAAUAUUACAAAAGGCGUCAACCCCCGCCCGACCUCUCAGGGAUUGUCGACUUUUCCAGAGCUCAGCAAUACUGUAAAGUGUUGAUCGCACCACUUAAUGUGACCUCCAUCAGUGACCAGGAUGCCUGUAAAGCUGGACUGCAGCCAGUUUGCAAAUGGAAAGCUUAUAGUUUAGAUGGCUAUCCAGGGUUCAUGUUCAUUUUGGAUCCAUUUCUUCCUGGAUGGCAGUGUUAUUGGGCAAAGCAAUGUUUGAAAAUCUACCCUCGGAAACCAAACGUUUGCAACCUGGACCUUCACAUGUCACCAGAGGAGACCAAAGACCUUUGGGAGCAGAGUAGAGAACAGCUGAGGCUAAAAACCCCUGGUAAACGAGAGGCUAAAAGCUUGCUGGAGAAGUUGCGAUGGGUUACCCUAGGAUAUCAUUACAACUGGGAGACUAAGAAGUAUUCACCCGAUCACUAUACAGCAUUUCCCAUGGACCUCGCUUACCUGUCUGAACAAGUGGCGGCAGCAUGUGGCUUUCAGCAGUUUAAGGCAGAAGCUGGAAUACUGAAUUAUUACCGUUUUGACUCAUCAUUGGGUAUUCAUGUGGAUGAAUCUGAGAUGGAUUAUUCCAAACCCCUUUUAUCAUUCAGUUUUGGCCAGUCAGCUGUGUUUUUACUUGGAGGCCUGAAGAGGCAGGACCCUCCCCUUCCAAUGUUCAUUCACAGCGGUGACAUCAUAAUCAUGUCAGGCAAGAGCCGUCUUUUCUAUCACGCAGUUCCCCGGAUUGUCCCCAAUCUGGAAGGAAGGGCAAUCCCCAGCUGCUUAGAGCACACGACGACCAGGUACAACUGCUCUGCUGACACAAGCUAUCGACAAAGAGACGAAGGUGACUGGGAAAUCUGUGCGAAAUACCUACAGAGCUCCAGGGUAAACAUGACUGUGCGGCAAGUGGUAGGAGUCGGACAGAGUUUCCCAGUCACGUCAGACACUGAAAUGAUAACAGAUUCCCAGCCGUACUCUUAUCACCAAGAUCCCAAAGAGGAAAAUGAACAUAAACGACAGAAACUGGAAGCAGCAGCAAAGUCUCCAUAAUUCUAUUAAUCUUUUCUGGAGGGGUAGUUAAGUGAUACUUUUGUGUGCUGGCAGGAUUACAGAGGCAGAGAUGUAUUAGUUCGUGAAGUCUGUUUUGCAAGAUUUCUGUACCCUACGCACUUGGAAAAACGGUUGAGGAAAUACUAAAAGAUCUUUCCAUCGCGUCAGUAUUCACCGACCACCCCGUCAGUAUGGUUCUCCCUCUCAAUGCCAGCACUCAUGGGUGGCCUCAUCCACAGCCAUUUUCCAGCAUUCUCCUGUCAGUAGCUGUUUUAAUGGGUCUCACCAUCAGUACCCAUAUUUUGGGGUUGUUUCAAGUACUCACAAAUUGAGACGAAGGAAGUCGUGCAGGAGAAAGGAACACAAUCUCUAUGUUGGAUACCCAGGCCAGAAUUUUCCAGCCCCUCAUGCCGGCAGGAUCUUCCAGUCCCACCGAUGUGAAUGGAGAUUUCAAUGGCUCCCCAACCUGGGGAACCCAGCGCAGGGUGGUGUGGGGCUGGAAAACUGCAGCCUCAGUGUCUCGUCAGUCCAACAAGUGCAGCAUGGAUUAGGCUCGAUGUAAAGCCAUCAUACGCUUUUCCCCAGGCUUUACCCUAUUGGAGUAGCACUCCUAUUUGUAAAGCUGGCAUCAUAUUUCUUUCUUCAGCCAACUUUGUGGCCUUUUGAGUUUCUGUGCCUAACUUACAACAACCGUUUUCUGCCCUCUAGGGACUGUAUUGAGACUUCCCAAAUUGUAACCUAACACAUACAGAAAAAACUUUCCUCCUGUUAGUGUGCAAUGAAUUUAAACAAGAUCAGAGAGGGAAAACAUAGUGUGUUGACCACACAGUCACCUUAUCUGAUUUAAUGCUCAUUUUGAUUAAUUGUGCCAUCAAAGGCUGGCUUUGGAGCAGUUGUUGUAACAAAGCUGAAUGUGUACAGAAGAAUCUUGUAACAGUGUAAGUGGAUAAAACCCAUGGAAAGACGUUCAGCCCAACCCUUCACUUGUGGCAGACUUGAUCCCUCAAGCUGGGUAGUAGCAUAGAAAAAGCCUGUAAGUUACCUUCUACUUGCGAGAGAAAAUAUGCUGUAACAGGUGGAGACUUUGAAGUGAUAUUUGAAUAAUGAACAGAUGUUACAAGGUAAUCAAACCUAGUGGGAGUUCCAGUUUUAUGCCAUAUGAAUAAUAAAAAGUAUUCAUACAUGAA